ACUCCGCGGCCGCGGCUUGCUCCCGGCUGCUGGAGUCAACCGGGGAGGCAGCCGGGAGGUUGCUAUCAUGGAUGUAUCUUUCAGUGAGCAUGUCGACAAGCUCAUCGCGCAGCUGAAAGCAGAACUGGUGAAACACUAUGAAAAAGAUGUAGCAGCGCCGCGAGCUGCCUCCAAAGCAGAGGAUUCCGAUGAUUCUGAGGCCUCACGCCCGGCGCCACUGCACCUGCUGAGCGCCCAGCGGCAUAUGAAGCGGUUGCCAUCGGCCAAAGCGCCUCCGAUGCUCCCCAGGAGGAUCUUCAGAUCGACCAGCAGCACAGACUCCGAUGAGGAGGCAAUGUGGUCGCCUGGAAAGGGGGAGCUGCUGACACCGAAGAAUUGUGAGGAGAAGCCAAAGCUGCCUGACGUCCCAAAAGACAGAUUCGCAUCUGCCCCAGAUGCCACGCCGAAGAUUCUCAUGGUGUCCCAGGUCCCUACCACUCCUCAGACACUGCCACUGCCCAAUACUAUCGAGCAGGCAGACUCUUGCAGUGAAGCUGAACCAGAGGAGGCCAAGGAAAUUGAAAAGAAAUCCAGUGGUUCCAGCUCCAGCAGCUCUUCUUCUGGAUCUUCAGCAAGCUUUGCAUCAACUUCCGAUGGCGAAGGGAACGGGAAGGCAAAGGAUGGGUUCCGGAAACGACGCAGCGACAGCUCCAUUCCAUCCUUUUUCAAGAAUGAAGAUCGUCACAGUCGAAUUUGGCAAUUUAUGGAAGAUCCGGAUUCCAGCCGGGCGGCGUUCUACUUCGCCUCCGUCCAGAACUAUUUCUUGACCCUCACCAGCCUCGCGACCAUCUCCCAGGCGUCGCAAGAUCCAUUGGUGCCCAAUAUCUUGGUGGUGAACCUCCUCCAGUGUGUGACGGAGGCGCUUCUGAUUGUCGACUGCAUAGCGCACUGGUAUGUCAGUCAAAGUUUCAAGGCUUUUAUGAAAAGUCCCUACAAUAUUAUCGACAUCUUGGCCUUUCUGCCAUUGCCCUUGCGGAUCGCAGUGGGCGUACCAACAAUGCCGACGAUGGAACAAAGUCCAGUAGCACAUUUCAUCUUGGUGUGCUUCGUGCCUUUGAUUCGCAUGUUGAAACUGGUGAGACGCUUCCAGAAGCUUCAGCUGCUCUUGCAUGUUUUAUCAACAGUCAGCGAUGCCCUGAAGCUAUUGCUCUACAUGGUCUCAAUCAUCGUCUUGUUGUUUUCGACGGUGCUCUAUGUGGUUGAUGAUCCUGACAAUGUGGAUUCACUCUCUACGGCCAUCUAUAUGAGCACGGUCACUGUCACCACUGUUGGUUAUGGUGAUGUCACACCGAAGACCUGGCCUGCCAGAAUCGUUUCGGGCUGUCUUUGCUUCAUCAGUGUCUUGUUCAUGGCGAUGCCGCUAUCUGUGGUUGGAAAUGCCAUGUCGCAGACCUGGUCGGAUCGACAUCGAAUUCUUUUGGUGACCCGAGCGCGGCAGAGAUUGAAGAACUGGGGGGUUUCUGCUGGCGACAUGCCGCGGUUGUUCAAGAAGUUCGAUGCAGAUGGCAACGGUGAGCUUGGCAUGGACGAGUUCGUGGAUUUGAUCAGCAGGAUGAAAAUUGGAAUGAAGCCAUCCGAGGCAUCUGAUCUCUUUUUGGCCUUUGACACGGAUGGAAGUGGUGGCAUUGAUGAGAAAGAGUUCAUGAAAGCGCUAUUUCCCCUGGACUAUCGCCGAAUGUACAGACGAGCAUCUGGAGUGACCUUUGGUGCCUGAGGGCGCUGUGCCGGUCUUUUUCCAACCUGGCCAAAGCCAAUUGCUACUCUCGGUAGUUAGUAAAGGCCAGGGAUGACAGCACAGCUGUGAAGGGACAAUGAACUGAGAC